CACUAUAUAAGCAACCGUCUAGGGUUUUCACUUUCUCGUCAUUUGCUUCCUGCUUCCUAGUUCCUAUCAUCAGCCAAUACUCGACCAUGGCGGAACAGACGGAGAAAGCAUUUUUGAAGCAACCCAAGAUUUUCCUAAGCUCUAAGAAAUCUGGAAAAGGAAAGAGGCCUGGUAAAGGUGGAAACCGUUUCUGGAAAAGCAUUGGAUUGGGUUUUAAGACACCCAGAGAGGCCAUUGAAGGAACUUAUAUUGAUAAGAAAUGCCCUUUUACUGGCACUGUUUCUAUCAGAGGCCGUAUCCUUGCCGGCACUUGCCACAGUGCAAAAAUGAACAGAACCAUUAUUGUUCGGAGGAAUUAUCUUCACUUCAUCAAGAAAUACCAGAGGUAUGAGAAACGGCACUCAAAUAUCCCAGCACACAUAUCCCCUUGUUUCCGUGUCAAAGAAGGAGAUCAUGUUAUCAUUGGCCAGUGCAGGCCAUUGUCAAAGACCGUGAGGUUUAAUGUUCUGAAGGUCAUUCCAGCAGGGUCUUCUACUGGUGCAAAGAAGGCUUUCACAGCCAUUUGAGAGGCAUCAUUUUAUGUUACCUUAUAAUGCUGGAGACAGCUAUCAAAAACUUAUAUGAGAGAAUAGUGGCUGUUUCAUGAUCAUUUAGAUGAAUUCCAUGAAAGAGCUUAGUCCUUGUUUCCUCUAGAUUUGUUCUAGUCCUUUAUAUUGUUGGAAAUGAGACUGAUUGAUGCUAAAUGUAUGUUGACGCAAUUUUGAGUGCAUUUUUUCGACUUUUUUGUUGUGGGUGA